AUGGGGAAAAUCUAUCAGAUAUUAGUGAAGGGGCUCAGAGUAGAAACAACCACCAUUGAUAUUUCACAUUCAGAAGAAGAAUUCAAUGAGAUGAAGAUUCUGACAUUAAAACAGAAACUGCUGGAAAAAUUGCCACACAAAAAUGGCAGUGAUCUCCGUCUUCUCUUUGCAAAUGAUCAACUGGAAGAUAAUAAAACGUUCUCUGAUUACAAACUCAAGGAUAAAUCCACAAUAAUGAUGGUGCUGCGUCUGCCUGGAGGAGAGAGAUAAUGCCAAGAAUGCGUAGAAUGCUGGAGCCAACACCAGAUCUGCCACUCUUCCAGCAAUGCGAAUAUUUACCUUGAUGCUACAAUGGUAGAAUGAAAAUCCAAGAACAGGCUUCAUAUCUUUACCAGCUUUUUCUUUUAAAAAUACUUUAAAUUAACUCUGUUUGUA